AUGUAUUCAAAAGAAAAGUUAAGUACCAUAUCAAGGGAUGACCUUUUAAAGAUUUGUAGAAAUAAUAGAAUUCAUAUUCUUUCAGCUGAAAUUGAAAAGCCUGAAUUAAUUUCUAGUAUCCUAAGAUACUUUAGAAGACAAUCAAGAUAUUUUCAACCACCAGAAACUAAUAAUAAUAAUAAUGAAUUAACACUUGAUCAAUUAGAAUCACCAACUACAACAGCAACAACAACAAAUACAUUAAAAUCAUCAUCUGAAGUUUACCCAAAUAAUAAUAAUAAUAAUAAUAAUAAUAAUAAUAAUAAUAAUAAUAACUCAUUAUAUCCAACAUUAUUAGAGAAUAAUAAUAAUAAUAAUGAAAAUAGUUUAAUUAAAUUAUCAUCAUCACUUUCAAAUUAUUCAUUUAAUGGCGAAGUAUCAGCAUAUAAACCACCACCAGCAAUACCGAUUUCAGUUGCAUUAGCAAGAAGAAAAACAAUAUUCAAGAGUAGUACAAGUAGUAAUUAUAAUAACUUUGAAAUGACAUUAGAUUUAAAUUCUUCAAAUGUCGAUUUAAAUAAUUAUCAAAAUACAGGUUCACAUUGUACCGAUGAUAAAAAAUCAAUCAUCAAAAAUAUUUUAAAUAAUAAUUUAUUAAUUCAAUCACAAUCCCAACCAUCAUCAACUUCAACUAAUAAUAAUAAUAAUAAUACAUUAUUACAACAAUCGUCAUCAGGUGCAUUACCACCACUAAAAUUUCAACCACCACCAAAUGUUACUAGUAAUAUAGCUAGUACCGCCAAUAUGGUAUUACCAACUAACCCUUCUGAUAUUUCAUUUCAAUCACCACUAUCACCUUGUGCACAAAAAGAACAAGAUUCUAUCAUUAAUCAAAUUGCAUCAUUGGAUUUAACCAAAAUUUCACCAAGAAAAGUAGAUUAUAAUAUUAACAAUAAUGAUAACAAUAAUACAAGCAUAAUUCAAUCACCAUUACAAUCAGAAACAACAACAACACCAUUGAUUACUUCAACACUAUCAUCACCAUCAACAUCAUCACCAAUGAAAGGUUCUACCAAUAAUUCUCCAAAUACCAAAACUACAGCUUCAACAACAACUACAACCACAACAACAAAUAAAUCACCAACAUCAACAACUGUUGUACCAGUUCAAGCUGAAAAUAGAAAAGAUAGUUUUAUGGCCUUCAAAAAGAGACUAUCUUUAAUGAAAUUAAAGGAUAUGUCAUCAAAAAAGAAAGCAACCACAACAAGUAGUAAUGAUACAAGAUAUGCAGAAACAUCAAGACCAAUUCCAAAAUUAAAUCCACAUUUAUCAAAUAAUAAACCAAAAGUGGCAACGCAACAACCAACAACAAAUACAGCAUCAAGAGUAACAAAGAGACCAGAUUUUGAUAAAAUUCAUCAAGCCGCUUUUGAUAAAUUACCUUCAAUCGUUGAUUAUGAAGCAAAAAGAAAAGAUCUAUGGUUGAAAUUAGGUUUUACAACUGUACCUCCAUUUGUUUCAAAUAAUAAUGAUACUACAAUAACUACAACUGAAUCAGAUUCUAAUAAUACAAAUGAUAAUAAUAAUAAUAUAAAUGAUAAUAAUACAGACAAUGAUAAUGAAAAAAAAAAAAAUAAUAAUAAUAAUAAUAAUAAUAAUAAUAAUAAUAAUAAUAAUAAUGAUCAAUCAAUUGAUAGUCAUAUGGAUAUGUCAAUUGAGAAUAACAAUAAUAAUAAUACAACACCACCAAAACCAAUACAGCCACAAAUAUUUAAACCUUCCUCAAAUAAUUUUAAUCCAAUUAAUCCAAUUACACCAAAGAAAACAACAACUAAUCCAUUCCUUUCUUCAAAUAUUAAUUUAUCAAGUGUUAAAACUCCAACUAAAUUUAAGUCUAGUCUUUCUAGUACAUUAUCAUCAAUUCCACAAAUGUCUUCAGCUGCAAUCACUGAAGCUAAUAAAACACCUUCAAAACAUUCUUCAACAGUUUCAUUAUUAAUGAAUAAAAAUUUUAAUAAUAAUAAUAAUAACAAUACACCUACAAAUAAUACUACUGCCUCAACUCCAACUACCAUUACACCAACUUCAACUUCCACUACUUCUGCUACUUCAACAUCAUCAUCUUCUUCUUCUAAAACUACUACACCGGGAACUACUGCUGUUAGAAAACCCACCAUUCCAUCUUUUACAUCAGCAACAACAAAACCAUCAAGUAAACCAACAACUUCAACUUCUACUACCACUUCUUCAACAUCAUCUCUCUUUUCAAAUAAACCAACAACCACUAGCACCACUGCAUCAUCAAAGUCAACAACUGUAAAUAUGAAACCAACAACCUCAACCACUUCCAAAUCCACAUCAAGUACCACAAUGAAACCAAAAUCAUCCACAACAACAUCAUCUUCAUCUUCAACUUCAGUAGCACCCACCACCGUUAGUAAAUUACCAUCAUACGCUCAACCAACUUUUGCUUCAAAUUUAAAUUCAAAAGUUACACCAACAACUACAUCCACUAAAUCAUCUUUAACACCAAAAACUGGUAUAUUAAAAUCAACAACACCAACAAGUUCAUCUGAAAGAUUGAAAUCAAAAUUAUUAUCAACAACAACAUCAUCAUCAUCAUCUUUAACACCAAAAUCUUCAUCAUCAACUCAAUCAUCUCAAUCACCUUUAACCAAUAUUACAAAUACACCACCAAAAGAAACUUCAACAACUACAACACCGAAAUCAACAAUUUUUGGUAAUACAAAAUCAUCCUCUUCAACUACACCUUCAUCACCUGGUAAAAUAAAGAAAAGAAAGAGUAUAAAAUCAACUGUUGUAAUUUCAGGUACUGAAAAAAGAACAAUAACACAAAAAAAGACAUCUGAUCAAUCUCAUGAUUCUCUAAUUCAAAGAAAAAGAUUAGAACAACAAGGGAUAAUUACAAAAUAA